UCGGUGCGUGCGGUGCACGGCGUCAAGCUCAUUGUGCCCCCCGACUGGUCCUCUCUCUCAGUCCAGAGCGCCUCACUCUCACCUUCACGCACACACACACACGCACACGCACACUCAGACAGUGAAGCGAGGCAGACCUGGAAAACGGGGGCACUUCACGUAGCAUUCCUCCAACGGAUCCCCGGCGUGGACAUUUUUCAUUUCCCAUCGCUGCCUCCUUGGAUUCUCCUCAUGUGGCCGCUUUUGCGCAUAGAGCCCGGCCGCUGCUGAGGCGUGUUUACCGGACUGGAGGGUUUCGUGGGGAGGAUCCACGCUUUGGUGAAUGGGAAACGCUGACCCACGGGCGCCGCUGCCUUUUCCCCGUCUCGACGAAAACGCGCACUCCUCGUUCGGUGGGAUUUGCGCACCUGAAACCGGGGCCGGUGUGUGCGCUGCGCCGGGCCGGGUGCGCGUCUGCUGGGAGGAGUAGCGAGGAUGGAGGCGUUUUUUACAGAGGGGGCCCGUGUUUGGGUCAGAGAGAAGGAGCAGCUUCUUCCCGCCACUGUCAACUCCUGUGGAGACGGAACCCUUGUGGUCACGACCGACUAUGGAGAGGUUCUGUACCUGCAGCAGGCCGAGGUUACGCGGGAGCGCGUGUACGCCAUGCACCAGUCCAGCAUCGACGGCGUGGAGGACAUGUCGUCGCUGGCCGAGCUGCACGAGGCCGCCAUCAUGCACAACCUGUACCAGCGCUACCAGAAGGACGACAUCUAUACUAACAUCGGCAGCAUCCUGGCGGCCGUCAACCCCUACAAGCAGAUCCCAGGUCUGUACGACCCGGACCGGGUGGACCUGUACUCCAAGCACCACCUAGGGGAGCUCCCCCCGCACAUCUUCGCCGUGGCCAACGAGUGCUACCGCUGCAUCUGGAAGCGCCACGACAGCCAGUGUGUCCUCAUCAGCGGCGAGUCGGGCGCCGGGAAGACGGAGAGCACCAAGCUGCUGCUGCAGUUCCUGUCCAUGAUGAGCCAGAACUCGGCUGGGACGGCGCCGGCGGAGAGGAGCACGCGCGUGGAGCAGGCCAUCGUGCAGAGCAGUCCGAUCAUGGAGGCGUUUGGCAACGCCAAGACUGUUUACAACAACAACUCCAGUCGCUUUGGGAAGUUCAUCCAGCUUCACUUCUCUGAGUGUGGCAACAUCCAGGGAGGCUGCGUGAUCGACUAUUUGCUGGAAAAGAACCGAGUGGUGCGACAAAACCCCGGAGAGCGAAACUACCACAUCUUCUAUGCUCUGCUGGCAGGAGCGAACAAAGAGCAUAAAAGUCUCUACUUCCUGGAGGAGCCUGCCGAAUCCUACCACUACCUCAGCCAGUCAGGAUGUCUGAAGGACAAGAGCCUCAACGACAAAGAACUGUUCAACAGUGUCAUGGAGGCGCUGAAGGUGUUAGAGUUCACCGAGGAGGAGAUCAGAGACAUGUUUAAGCUGCUUUCAGGGGUCCUACAGCUUGGCAACAUCGAGUUCAUGCUCGCAGGAGGAGCCCAGAUCACCACUAAACAAGUGGUCACUAAUGCCAGCGAGCUGCUGGGGUUGGACGCCUUCCAGCUGUCCGAAGUCCUGACUCAGCGCUCCAUCAUACUCCGAGGAGAGGAGAUCUGCUCCCCACUCACCAUAGAGCAGGCUGUUGACUCCCGGGACUCUGUUGCCAUGGCGCUGUAUUCCCAGUGUUUCUCCUGGAUCAUCCUCAAGAUAAACCAGAAAAUCAAAGGGAAGGAAAAUUUCAAAUCCAUCGGGAUUCUUGACAUCUUUGGCUUUGAGAACUUUGAGGUCAAUCGAUUCGAGCAGUUUAACAUCAACUACGCCAACGAGAAGCUUCAGGAGUACUUCAACAAGCACAUCUUCUCGCUGGAGCAGCUGGAGUACAACAGGGAAGGCGUUCAGUGGGACGCCAUAGACUGGAUGGACAACGCCGAGUGUCUGGAUCUCAUAGAGAAGAAACUGGGCUUGUUGGCACUGGUGAAUGAGGAGAGUCGGUUCCCUAAAGGAACGGACUUCACUCUGCUGGAGAAGCUGCACAGCAGACACUCUACAAACCCGUACUACGUCAAGCCCAGACUUGCUGAUCAUCAGUUUGGUAUUAAACAUUACGCAGGGGAGGUGCUGUAUGACGUGAAAGGCAUCCUGGAGAAGAACAGGGACACCUUUAGAGAUGACAUCCUGAACAUGCUGAAGGACAGCAGGCUGGACUUCAUCUAUGACUUGUUCGAGAAGGUCGGCAGUAGGAACAACGAGGAGAAGAUGGGAACAGCCCGACGCAAACCUACCGUCAGCUCCCAGUUCAGGGACUCCCUUCAUGCUCUCAUGGCCACUCUGAGUGUAUCCAACCCUUUCUUCAUUCGCUGCAUUAAACCCAACAUGGAAAAGAAGUCAAACGAGUUUGACCCGGAGGUCGUGCUGAACCAGCUGAGGUAUUCCGGCAUGUUGGAGACGGUGAAGAUCCGCCGUGCCGGGUUUCCCGUCCGCAGGACCUUCAAAGACUUCUUCUCUCGCUACAAGAUCAUUGCAAAAGAAAAGGUGCCAGCAGCCGGAGAUGACAAAAAGAGGAGUACAGACCUUCUCUUCAAAUAUGAUAAGACCAAGAAAGAGUGGCAGUUAGGAAAAACCAAGGUCUUUAUGAAAGAGUCUCUGGAGCAGCGUUUAGAGAAAGACAGGGAUGAAGUCCGACGUCAGGCUGCCAUGAUAAUCCGAGCUCACCUUCUCACUUUCUCUGCUAAGAAGCACUUCAAGCGCGUGCGCGUCAGCAUCGUCACCCUCCAGAAGCACUUCCGAAAGCACAUCCAACACAGGAGGUACGUGAAGCAACGCAAGGCAACGCUGGUGCUGCAGAAGCACAGGCGAGGCCAGGUGGCCCGCGCUCGGGUUCGGAAGCUCAGAGAGGAGAAGAAGAAGAAGGAGGAGGAGCAGAGGAAGAAGGAGGAGGAGGAGAAGAAGGCGGCGAAAGGAGGAGAGCAGGAGGAGGCGGAGGAUGACGAAGACAAGAAAACCAAAUCCACAGAGGACGAGGCCCGGCAGAUGGAGGAGAUCCUGCAGCUGGAGCGGGAGAUCGAGCGCCUGCAGAAGAAGAGGGAGGACGAGGUGUCCCAGCUGUGCGAGUCCUCCAAGCAGGAGCUGCAGCUGCGGCGCGACGCCGAGCUCAAGCGCAUGAAGAAGGAGGCGUCGCGCAAGGCCACGCAGCUCAUCGACCUGCUGGACUUCGGCGGCGUGGACCCGGCGGCGGCGGCGGCGGGCGGAGCCAAGCCCGCCGCCGACGAGAAGGCCCAGAGGGCGGCGGGCGGCGCCGGCAGGGGUGCGACCGGGGAGGAGGAGGUGGACGAGGGCUUCCACGCGGAGGAGGAGUGCAUCCCGCUGCCCGACUUCCCUCCGCCCGCGGACACGGACGCCCCGCUGGAUCAGGACAUCUUCGCCCAGCUGCCGCCGCCGCCGCCCGCCUUCGCCGAGGGAACCGUGCCCGCCGCGCCGCCGCCCCCGCCUCCGCUGCCCGCGGAUGCCGGGCCUGUCGCGGGAGUCCCUCCACCGCCCCCCCUCCCUCCGCCCGGAGACGGCUCGGCCGCCCCUCCCCCGGGAGAGGGAGCGAAGGAGGAGGCCAAGGUCGAGCCGGAGAGGAAGGUGAGCAUGGUGGAGAGCCUGGUGGACGGAGAGGAGCCCAUCUACAGCAUGCCCGCGGACACCGAGUCCGACUACGACCAGGAGGAGGAGGAGGGGUCGGUCACCGCCGGAGACGACAGCUCCGUGUCCGGGAGCAACCGCGGGAGCGCGGCGGUGGCGGACGAGGAGCAUCCGAGGAAGUCGACCUGCACCAACGCCAGCAUCGAGUCCUACAGAGGCAGCUCUGACUCUUAUGCAGACAGUGAUGACGAGCACGAUGGGAUGAUGGACACAGAUGAAGAAGUGACUAACGGCAGAGUGACUUUGCUGAAUGGAAACGGACCUCCCUAUUUCCACGGAUACCUCUACAUGAAGGCGGGUCUGAUGAUUCCCUGGAGGAGGCGGUGGUGCGUGCUGAAAGACGAAACCUUCAUGUGGUUCCGCUCCAAGCAGGAGUCUCUCAAGUCGGGCUGGCUCUACAAGAAGGGAGGAGGCCUGUCCACGCUCUCCCGCAGGUUGAACUGGAAGAUGCGUUGGUUCGUGUUGAGAGACAGCAAACUGAUGUACUACGACAACGACAGCGAGGAGAAGCUGAAGGGAACCAUCGACAUCCGGGCGGCCAAGGAGAUCGUGGACAAUCACGAGAAGGAGAACGCCCUGAACAUCGUGACCGACGAGCGUACGUAUCAGGUGUUUGCUGAGUCGCCUGAGGACGCGAGUGGCUGGUUCAAUGUGCUCAGCAAAGUGCGGGUGUGUACUCCUGAGCAGCUGCUGGAGAUGUCCCACGAGCAGGCCAACCCGAAGAACGCUGUGGGAACGCUGGACGUCGGGCUGAUCGACUCUGUCUGUGCGUCCGACAACCCCGAUCGGCCCAACUCCUUCGUCAUCAUCACGGCCAACCGCGUGAUCCACUGCAACAGCGACACGCCGGAGGAGAUGCAUCACUGGAUCAGCCUGCUGCAGAAACCCAAAGGAGACGCCAGGAUCGAUGGCCAGGAGUUCCUGGUCAGAGGCUGGCUCCAAAAGGAGAUGAAGACCAACGCUAAGAGCACGUCCCUGAAGCUGAAGAAGCGCUGGUUUGUUUUGACCCACAACUCGCUGGAUUACUACAAGAGCUCGGAGCGAAACUCCUCCAAGAUGGGAACUCUGGUCCUGAACUCCCUCUGCUCCGUCAUUCAGCCGGACGAGCGGGUGCACCGGGAGACAGGCUAUUGGAACAUCAUAGUUUACGGGAGGAAGCACUCGUACCGCCUUUAUACCAAGAUGCUGAACGAGGCCAUGAGGUGGACAGCCGCUAUCCAGGGCGUCAUAGACAGCAAGACCCCCAUAGAGACGCCGACGCUGCAGCUGAUCAGAGACAUCAAGGAGAACAGCGUGAACCCAGACGUGGUGGAGCAGAUGUACAGGAGGAACCCCAUCCUCAGAUACACGCAGCAUCCUCUGCACGCGCCGCUGCUGCCGCUCCCGUACGGGGAGGUCACCAGCCUGCAAAGGCAGCAGGGCUACGCCAGCCUGCAGGACGAGGCCGUGCGGGUUUUCAACUCCCUGCAGGAGAUGGAGACGCUGGCGGACACGGUGCCCAUCAUCCAGGGCAUCCUGCAGACCUGCCAGGACCUGCGCCCUCUCAGGGAUGAGGUGUACUGUCAGGUGAUCAAGCAGACCAAUCACGUGCCUCAGCCAAACAGCCCAGCCAAUCGAGCGCACUGGCACCUGCUCACCUGCAUGAGCUGCACCUUCCUGCCCAGUCGAGCCAUCCUCCGAUACCUCCGCUUCCACCUCAAGAGGGUGCGCGAGCGUUACCCCGGCGCGGACAUUGAGCGCUACGCCACGUUCAUCGGGGAAUCCCUGAAGAAGACCAAGACCCGCGAGUUUGUUCCCUCUCAGGAGGAGAUCGCCGCCCUGCUGGUGAGGCAGGAGAUGAGCACCACGGUCUACUGCCACGGAGGUGGCUCCUGCAAGAUCUCCAUCAACUCACACACCACGGCUGGAGAGGUGGUGGAGAAGCUGAUCAGAGGUCUGGCGAUGGAGGAGAGCAAGAACCUGUUCUCGCUGUUCGAGCACAACUGCUUCACGGACCGCGCACUGGAGAGCAGAGUGAUCGUGGCCGACGUCCUCGCCAAGUUUGAAAGACUGGCGGGCAGUGAGGAAGAGGAGGAAGAGGGAGAAUGGAAACUCUACUUUAAGCUCUACUGCUUCCUGGAUGUGGAGAGCAUGCCCAAAGAGGGAGUGGAGUUUGCCUUCAUGUUUGAGCAGGCUCACGAGUCCCUCAUCAGCGGCCACUUUCCGGCCUCGGAGGAGACUCUGCAGCACCUGGCGGCGUUGCGCCUCCAGUAUCUCCACGGCGACGGGGCGGGUCGAGCCGGCUGGAGCCUGGGCAGCGUUUACCCCAUCGGGCGUCUCCGCAGUCGCAUCCUCCAUUCCACCAAGCCGGGUGUGGGGACGGCCGGUGGAGCGGGAGGAGGCGGAGGGGGAGGCGCGGGAGACGGGAAGGGAAUGGCGGGGGGCCCGGGAGGCAUCGGGCCUGGGAUUGAGAAACGAAAGACUCCCAGUUUCCUGGACGGCACCUUGAGGAGAAGCUUCAAAACUGGGUCACUGAAGAAACAGAAGGUGGAGGAGGAGCAGAUGCUGGAGAUGUGGGUGAAGGAGGAGACGUCGGCCACGCGGACCAGCGUUCUGGAGAAGUGGACCCGGCUGCAGGGAAUGCCCCAGCACCAAGCCAUGCUCAAAUACAUGAGCAUCAUUAAGGAGUGGCCUGGAUACGGGUCCACUCUGUUUGAUGUGGAGUGUAAGGAGGGAGGGUUCCCUCAUGACCUGUGGCUGGGGGUGAGCGCUGACAACGUGUCCGUGUACAAGCGAGGGGAGCCCAAACCUCUGGAGACCUUCAAGUACGAGCACAUCACCUUCUUCGGGGCGUCACAGCCCUGCACCUACAAGAUCAUCGUGGACGAGAGGGAGAUGUUCUUCGAAACCCCCCUGGUGGGCGAGAUCACCAAGAUCAUGAGGGCUUACAUCAACAUGAUGGUGAAGAAGCGCUGCAGCAUCAUGUCCGUGACCAGCGUCACCAGCUCCUGGGCCAGGUGAUCGCCGGCGAGGCGGCCGAGCGGAGCCGCGGGGCUGAGGGAGAGGAGCCGGAUCCGUCGGGUCGGAUGGAGAUCCGGUCGCCGACGAGCAUGACACUGACAACGCACAACUCGGGACAGUUCUCUCCAGCGUGUGGUCCUGCAUGUAGAUGUUCAAGCAAUCGUUCUCCGGACACACACACACCAAAACUCACAUAACAAGCACAAGUCCCACCCCCCCCACUCUCUCAGUCUCUCUCUUUCUCUUCACGCGCCCCUGUUGCAUCCUCGUCUUGAGUUUGGACGAUGAAUUUUGCACUCGUGCUCGCGUUCUCUUUGUCGUUCUCUCGCCGUCGUUCAUCUGCAACACCUGUCACGUCCGAUGUGUGACUGAGAGAAAGGGACUCCGCCGCGGUUCUUCUCCACGGCCCCUGGAGCCACAGCGUUCGCGCGCUCCCUCAUCAGUGCCACCGUGUGGCCAUGCAAAGAAGAACAACAAUCCUAUGGAGAUUUAUGAGAAGCGGUUUUGAUUUGGAGAGAGUCUGUGCAUGGCUCUAUAGGAACAGCUUAACGUCCCCAUAUGUCUACAUGUAACAGCAUAAAUCUACUGUAUAUUCACAUGCGUGUACACGAACUCAACCAGCUUGUACCUUUUUGUACUGUAUAUCACACAUUAUAAGAACGACUGAUGAAUUUCCAGUAUCCACUGCACUGUACAGAAUAUAGAUGCUAUAUAAAUGCAAUGUGACACCUGCUGCGCAAACCGCUGUACUGUACAUGCAAGUGAAUGGUGUUGAUAACGACCUAAAUAAUGUCUGAAUAUGAUGCCAAUCCACUGGCUGUGCCAUCAAUGUGACUCACGGUGAAGUAAGAUUUAGUAAAAACACUGAGUUUAUUGACACAGGUCAUGUUUUCAGUGUUGUAUGAUUUUAGUAUUGUUGUAUGUGUUGGACCUCAGAGCCAUAAAAUACUGUGUCUGCUACUGUUAUUCUCACUUUUCUUUACUGAGGAGAUCAGAAACUUAUAUAAUAAUACAUCCAAAAUCCAUUUAGUGUUUUUUUUAAUCUCUUUAUCAACAUGUGACUUUUCUUACUGAUACUACUGUUAUUAUCGUCCCCUCUUAUCUUAACCGCCCUAACCAAGUGCUGUGUCGGGAAUGCUGCUGUGUGUGUGAGUGUAGUCAUGGUGUAAAGUAAUUUAAACUGUUGAAAAAGAAACAGGGAAUGUGAACACAGGUGUGAAUCACUGAGCGUGUUCCUUGGGAAUAAGACAUGACCCUUUGCAAAGAAUGGUGUUGUAGUUGUGAAUCAAGGGGUCAAGCAUGGAAAUAUAAGGGAGGGUUAGGGCUCGGUAUUUCUUACUGUACUGUAUGUAUUACAAUGUGUGUAUGGGAGAAUUAUGUAUUAUAAAAUAAUGGGUUUGCUUCAGUAUCAUUGUAAGAGGAGCAGAGAAGACACUGUGAGGAUAUGAGCUCAGAUCUGCUGAAGGUUUUCACUGCUUUGGGUGUCUGUGUUUAAGUGCAAGAGAAAGGUUCUGUUCACAUCACUGACUAUGUGGCACUACAGGUAGACAACAGAAUCCCUCACGCACAACACCGCUGGGACACGAUAGAUUUUAUAUCACAAUAACGUGGUGACAGUAAAACAUCCAGUUUGGCCGAGUGAAGGUUUCUAAAGCCAACAUCAAAGUGAGGUUUAACAUCUUGGGUCUGUUUUCUAUCUGAAGUGCUGCAAACAGUGCCGUAGCCAGCAUUUUAGAAACACCAAGGUCAUGACCCUCACGUUCUCACCCUCCAAAAAGCACCAAGAACUUACUGUAUUACUACUGAUAUGUUUCAUUUAUUGUUUAUUCUAUUUAUAUCAUUAUUAUAUAAAAUUAAAUGUAAUAAUAUAACAAGAAAAGAUGAAGAAGACACUAAACUAAGGGCAAAAUCUUAAGUAAGAAUAGCUGCUCACAAUUAAAACUACUGGGUCUUGGUGUUUGUUGUUGUGGCCCUGGCUGCACACACUUCCUGCCUGUAGAGUUAGAAUAAGCAGAACUCACUCAGGUUCCAGUCUGAGCUUAUUAUAUUACAUUUAUUAAGCCAUAAACAAUGAGGAGCUUGGAGCUGUCCUAGUUAUUCUACAUCUGGUUCUGUGUGUGAGUCGGAAGAUGUUUCCCUGCAGUGACUGAAAUGUGAUCAGUGUCUUUGCCGGAGUGAAUUUUAAAUUGAAGUAAGAUUUUUAAAGAGUCCGAUCACAAAUCUGUCUUCAAGGGCAACUUUGUGGCAAAGGGUCCUGUUAUCAGCCGCAGGCGGCCAGAGUGGGGCCCGUUCUUAUCUUCUGUUAUGCUUAUCAUCAUCCUCACAUGGUAAACGUUGUGCUUGUUACAGAAAAAGAGAAAGAGAGAGAUGUGUGUGUUGUUCUUUUUUUAUUUGUAACUGGCUUUACAAAAUCAUGCUUUAAUAAAUUAUUGGAAAGUCUCCUCAA